CGAGUGAUUGCGUCAGAGCACGGAAGUUGUCAUAAAGAGCUAAAAGGAGCUGCAGAGAGUGGUGCUGAUGUUAUAACUUGAAAAUAAGUCUCUCUGCUCGCUCGUGUGGCACUGAGCUGCGAGUGCUUCUCUGAUCUGAAACUGUACAGACAGCAGGAGUCCUCCGGAGCGGAAGCAGCGACAUGGAGCGGUUUGGACAUGAGCGCGAGGAAAACACGCCCUGCGCGCGCACACACGAGCCCAGCGCGGAGAGCAUGGCGUCUAUGUGCCUGAGUCAGCAGCGCUGUGUGAAGGCCUCGAUCGCGUCGCAGUGGCAGCUGGCCGAGGCGCAGUAUCAGCUCUGUGGUUUGGAGCUGCACAGCUCUGAGUCAGCGGAGCAGGAGCGCGCCCGAGCCCUGGCCUCCUCCACAGAGCUCUCUCAGACCGAGCAGGAGUGGAGACAUAAAGAGAGCAUGCUGGGACGGAGCCCCACUCUGUGCCCGGAGGCCAGCCGAGAUGUGUUUGACAAGAGUAUAAUAAACAGUUCACAGUCUUGGCCUAAUGAAUCCGAUCCUGAUAAGAACAUAAGCUUCAUCCAGCGUAAUGAAGAGCUCUUGAAACAUUUUGGUAUGUUGAGGAGGUGGGAUGAUAGCCAGCGCUUUCUAGCAGAGUACCACCAUCUCAUCUGUGAAGAAGCGGCCGAUUACCUGAUCCUGUGGUGCUUCCGUCUGCAGGCAGAGCAAAAAGAGGCCUUAAUGGAGCAGGUGGCUCAUCAGGCAGUCGUCAUGCAGUUUAUUCUGGAAAUGGCCCGCAACUCUCAGCAAGACCCACGAGGCUGUUUCCGUCAGUUCUUUCAGAAAGCUAAAGCAGGGCAGGAGGGAUACUUGGAUGUCUUCCACACAGAACUCAAUGCCUUUACGCAGAGAGUUAAAGAGUAUACCAUGAAAUCAAAAGGAGAAACCCCGAAGGAUACAGUGCACCAAAACACACCAGCGGGCUUUCGGCUCGACCCCAAGGAGGUGUUGGAGUCUUUGCCACCGGAUCUGAAAACAUGCAUCCAGAUGCAGGAUAUGCAGAUUCUUCAGAAGGUGCUGAGCAGCAUGAACCCGCAGGUGGCAGAAUACCACGUGAAGCGUUGUUUGGAGGCAGGACUUUGGACGAAUAUACCCCGAGCCUCCAAAGAAGAGAGUUCAGAAACGGACGAGUGGAGAAUGAUGGAGAGCUAGCAGUGAAGACUAGCAGUCCCUGACGAACCCUCACUAGGAAAACCGCUUUGGGUCGCAGGACAGGAAGAACAAGGGCUGUGCUCAGAGACUUUUGUUUUGUAUCCGUGCCUGAAUGUGUGCUGCACUUUAUAUUUGUUUAAAAGAGAAAGUAUUUUAAACGAGAUCGGGAACUGUAUUUUGAGGCACUUAUAUUUUUCUGCACAUUUUGUUAGAUUUCUGUUGCUAAAUUUUUCUUUCGAAAAAGUGUAGGAAGGCGGUACAUACAGUACUGCACAGGAAUUACUACUUUUUUUUCUUUUUUUUUUGGAUUGUAAUCUACAACGUCCACUAAACAUUCAAACUCCAGUCUCAUGUGUCGUCUGUGCAUGGACACGGCAGAUAACAGUCGGCUUCCUGCAGAUAUACAAACAACAACAAGGCCAAGCAGGACCUCUCCUUCUGCUAUCUUCAUGAUGGAAACAAGCCUUUGCAGAAAGUCAUUCGUAGGUCCAGUAGUAUGUCAUGAAAGCCAGCGAUAAAGUGUUGUUACCUACGAUUAUAACGAAAGAGAGUCACAUUCACUAUCAAAAUGAAAAGAGUGCUAAAUGCACUGGGCUGUUGUGUUUGAUAUGACAUCCAAAGCAACAAAUAGAAUAUAUUUAAGGGAUAUUUCACCCAAAAAUCAUUAUUUCUCAAUCUCAUGUUAUUGCAAACCUUUGUAAUUUUAUUUAUUUCUCAAGUUUACCACAAAAAUGUUUUAAUAAUACAGUGACGGUCAAUGGAGUCCAAUCAGUGUUGUUUUGGACCACAAUGACUUUCAUUGUAUGGUCAAAAAAAAAAGAAAAAUCCUUCUAAAUAUAUCUUCUUGCAUUUUCCAUUGAAGAAAGAAAGUCAUAAAAGUUGGAAUAACAUGAGUGUGCGUAAAUGAUGACUUUUCAUUUUUGGGUGAAAUAUCCCAAGAAAUGCCAUUUUGCCUCACCAUCAAACUGACUGAGAUUGAUUUCAGUUAUUGCAUUGAAACACAGCAGAUGCUGUUUGUUUAUCGCAUCCAGCUAGUUUGCGUUGCUUGUGCAGCAUAAAGAACAUACAGCAAACCAGGAUUUGUGUAACAUUAACUGAUGCUUGUGACCACAUUGUGCAAGUCUUCACAAUCAGAUCAAAAUCCUCUAUUAAAUCUUUAGACCCACAGUAUUGCUGAUUUUGUGUAAUGUUUUAUUUUGCAGUUCAUUAUUAAUAAAAUAACUUCUUAGCAUUUUACAAUG